CAAUUACUUUUUGGCCAACCCAAUAUUACGAGAUGCGUGGCGCGAGAUGCUGCCAGAAGACCUCCCUUAUCGCGCCACGCUCAUCGUUCGUGAUAAAUCAAUAUGCGCUAGAUGAUUCCGGGUCGAUUUAGGUCAUCGGAUUCUUAUUAUAGCGUCUGACUGAAGAAAGAGCUGUGUAAACUGUUCCGGUAUCGAAUUUAAUCCUUCAAUGCAUCGCUCGACUUCGUUAUCUGCGUGCGAUUAGACUUUAAAUAAAUUCAAGUGAAUUUCAGCAAUUAUGAUCGAAAAUAACGGUUGGUUGGAAUCCAGCGGGUGUGAGCCGGGUGUGGUGGUAGCUUUACGUCUUGGUGGCGUUACGUCAUCGACCCUCGAGACCCAAUUGCGUUAUCAAUAUUGCUGUUACGACAGCUGCUGCUCUGCUAGGCGUGACCUCGCAUAUGUGAUCUUCUUUAAACUGAGAGGAGAUUAUUAGCGUGCACGCACGCCAGUGUUAGCUUCGGUAUUGCGUCGCGUUGAUGUAUCGAUCGUGCGAGUUUUGUUUCGCUUCGCUUCGACAUCAGAUUCUUUACUAGAAAGAUGGAAAAAUAGACAACUUGGACUACUUUAGAUUGCAACAUAUAGAAAGUGUGGGAAGAAUAUCGUGAGCAAAAGCAUGAUAAGUUUCACUUUUUACAAAAAUCGCGAACGUAUCAGAGGGAUUUAGCGAUUGCGUCGAUUCCUGUAUCGAUAUUUGAACGUACGAUUCCAAGACAAUGAAUUAUUCAUAACAGAAAUCCGUCGGUUGAAAUCAGAUAUGAAGAUCCUCGAUCAGCGUGAUAACGGAAGACUCGGCUUUCUGCUAACAGUGUUGUGAUCGAUCGGACUUUAUUCGAGGAUAAUCUGCUUCAAGAUGUUGCAAGACGUCGAGAGCUCCUUAAAUUUCAAAGAACAGAAAACGUGUACACAACACAUUAUUCUGUUUCAAGAUCAACAUGAAACAUGAAUUUAAUAAAUACAAGGAUAACGUGAUAAAAUCAACAACAACCUUGCGAAUGUGGAGUGCCAAAUGAAGACAACACGCAACUUCUGUGUAAGACGUGAGAGGUCAUAAAUCAUAUUCUUUCUUGGGAAAAUAGAAAAACGAGUAUUUUCCGAAUUAAAGUAGGAAAUCUUCAAACUGGAAGAAAAAUAACUAAAAUACUCGAGACUGUCAUCUCUAUUUUCUUCAAGACACGUUCAGGCUUAUCAGCAAAAAUUCAUCAUGCGAACCUUCACACGGUCCCCUUCCGCAUCGAAGAAACGGAAUUGCUAGCAGCUCGUUGAGGAUGGAGCUGAACGUGUGUUCGCGCCGUGUGCACGAUGGCUACGCGACCAUACGAUCGCGUGGCAGGCCACGCGCCGUCUACCGUUCCGACUCGGAAGAGUUGUUGAAGGAGGCAGGUGGUCCUUACGCCUUGCCGCGCCUCUCCAACUUCCGGGUGGUCUCGGAGGAUGCGCGGCAGGUGCCCAGAUGGGCCGAACUGGGCCGGGACCAGCCGCUGAUCGAGAACUAUGGCACCCUGCGCGCCGUCAGGUCGCGGAACCUCGACGAACCACAAAAGGUGACGCUGAAGACGUUCUCCAAACGGGAAAAGCUCGGCGGCAACCCGCGAAACAGCACUUCGCACGCCGAUCUUCAGCGUUUACGCGAGAACAACGGCAAAAACUGCGAAGGACAGAAAAGGGAUUGCCAGUUUGACGUCAAUUCUCGCGAUCAGCAGGUAUGGAAGUCCGGAGAGUACGAUCGUUACGUUUAUGAUCGGCGAGUUUACGACGUAGUACCGCUGGCGGAUGAUCCGGCAACCCGGAAGUCCUUUUGCGCCGUGGGCGGCACUUCUCGGCAGAAUGGUUUCGCUGAUGUCGAUAAUAAUCAGCGCGACGCGUUUUUGAAGUCGGGGGAAAACAUUGAGAAUCUCCAGAAUCAUAUAGUGAAAGAUUCAAAAAGCGAUUAUGUCCUUGAGGCUAAAGCUGAUCUUCACGUCGAAGUGGAGAACGAUAAACGAACUAGCGAUGGAGACCCGCGGAACGCCGGAAGAGACCCGAUCAAAAGUCCAAAAAGUGCCUCUCUCUUCAAGAAUGAGUCGGAGGACGCGAAACGAGGAUCUACCAAGGACCGACAACCCAUCUACGCGGUUCCCCAGGUGUACGCCAAAACCAAACGCGACCGCCGACUGGUCGUGGUGGACGGGAACUACGUUCCCAGCGGUGAUCUCUAUCGCACCACGGCUAAAUAUAUAGAAGAUAUCAAUCGAAAUCUCGCGGAGAUCGACAAAAGUUACGGGGAGAUGAAGGCGAGUCCCAGGACAUAUGGGGUGAUCAACCGAAUUGCCAAGGGCGAGCUCCUACCAAACAGCCCAUCCAAUGAUCUCCUCGGCUACGUCAGGAAGCGCGAUAUGGCACCCAUGCCGCCUAUCAACACCGAUCUCGACGAAGUCCUUGAUGAUCGGAACGACAGAGAGUCCAAGAAGGAUAUCCGCUAUCACCACAGACCGAAUUCUAAGGGUAGACUGCCGCCAAAAGUCCUGCCGAGGUCCUCGUCGAUCGAGAACACAUCCAGGCACUCGACCGGAUCCACCACUGCCUCGUCGAGCAAGUCCAGCGAGUCCUUAUAUGCGAUCAACGAGUCUCUCGUGGAGCUACCGAAAAUCAGUCCGAAGCAAGAUCCAGCCUGGAACAGGAUCUCUCGAGAAGUAGACUCAAGGAGCGACUCACGGGACCAAUCGAUGUCUAAUAUCGAUAGGGAUGUCCCGAGGAGGAUCAAACGCGACGGCUCGGAGUCCAAGGAUUCGUCGUCUUCAACGGACGACGAUGUCUCAACGCCGAGGGAACGGUUGCCGGUCACCAGUGCGAUUCGCAGGAAUCGCUCUCGAGUUGAUCAGGCGGGUAAACCGUCGCCAAGAAAAGAACGCUCCAACGAGGUCCUACAGAGAUCAGGUAAGCUGGAGCAAGCGCGAGUUCUGGACAGCCGCUUGAAGGAUCGUCGUUGCGACACCUUGCCCUCGAGGAAAUCCAGAAUGUCCUCCAGGCCACUACACAAGUCCAACGAAGACAUGCUGGACGGCAACAGGACCUCUAAUAACGCUCCUAGUCUGCAGAGGUCCUGCUCGUGCAAUAACAACGUCAGUCGAAGACAGGACGUCGGUGACGAGCUCGCGGAAGCACGCAACGCAGGUCCUAUCUACAUGAUGGACGCCACCGAGGUCAUCCUGAAGGGUCAGAUGGAGCGAUUGUCCGGUCGCCUGCAGCGGCAAGAUCGCUUCCUCAGGACUAGGCAUAACUCGUUGGAGUCCGAGAAGAUGAUCGGUCGAAAAGACGAAAUUGGACUUGGCGGUUUCGCUACUUUGCCGCGGCGGGGGAACCUCAUCGCGAAGGAUCAGUCGGAUCCUGUCAAGAGGUUCUCCGGAAACGGAGUCCUGGAACCGUUGUACGAGCAUGCGGUUAGUAACCCCGUGAAAUCACGUGAAAGGCAGAACGUGAUACCUUGGUGGGAACUGGCCACCAGGAAGUACAGGCACCGCAGUUGCCCAUCCUUACAGGCACAUGUGGUCUCGGCUUUCGAGCAAUCGUUAUCCAACAUGACCCAGAGGCUGCAACAGCUCACAGCGACGGCCGAGAAAAAGGAUUCCGAGCUUCAGGAGCUCCGGGAGACCAUCGAGAGGCUACGCAAGCAGAGCGCCGAGGCUGGAUUAAAUAAUGCUCCACCCGCGAGCAAUGGACGGCGUCAUACUUUAGGUGACUCCGAGUCCAGCACUACCGGCUGCACCGGCAGCAGCAAUCAUCAUCAGGGCGCCUCGAUGGCGCGGCAGCUAUCUGCAGACAGUGUGACGUCCUUGAACUCGCUGAGCAGCGCCUGCUCGGCCAGCAGCAGCCAUCACAAGAAGAAGGGUUGGCUGCGCAGCUCCUUCUCCAAAGCGUUCUCCAGAUCGCGCAAGAACCGCCACGGCUCGGUGUCCGACGCUGAAGACUGCAAGGAGAGUCCGGGUGGUGAUCUGAGCGCACCGAAUAGUCCCAGAUUGCCAACCGCCUCCAAGCAUGAAACCGCGAGGGGACAGACCACGAGGAACAACAGCCAGAAUUCACCCGAUCAUGAGAAUCCUCUGUCGGGAAGCAAGAGCAGCUCGGCGUUGUACAAGAAAGAAGAUGAGGACGUAGACGAGCUAAAGAAGCAGCUAAGAGAGAAGGACUUGGUGCUCACGGAUAUCAGAUUGGAAGCACUGUCCUCGGCUCAUCAACUGGAGUCUUUGAAGGACACAGUCAUCCAAAUGAGGUAUGAGAUGCUGAACCUGAAGCAGAACAACGAGCGUCUGCAGCGGCUGGUGACUUCAAAAUCACUCACCUCCUCUCAGUCUUCUCUACCCAGCGACCCGGAUCGACGUUUCAGCAUGACCGAAGUGGCAUCGAGCGUCGCGGCGCUAUCGAACGGCGAUGCCAGUUCCACGGCUGACCAGCUGGAGGACCUCAGCGUUCCGGUCGAGCACACUGUAGUGCCAUCGAGCACAACGACCUCGGAAUCGGUCCUCGAGCAGGACACCGAUGGCAAAAGAAUUAACGUCGCCGUGUACCUCGGCAGCGAGCGGAAUUUCAACUACAACCUGGUUAACGGAAGUUCCGCCGAUGGCACCAUGGGCGAACCACCGCACUGCGUAAUCGCCAGCGUGUGCAUCAGCAACAAGACCAGUUGGGACGCGUUAGAUUCUAUGGUGAGGCGUUGCUUCAAGGAGUACGUCUCCCGGGUGGAUCCUGUGACAAAUCUGGGUCUCGGUGUCGAGUGCGUUGCCGCGUAUCAUCUUGGCGAAGCUUCCAGAUGCACCACCGAUUCGCAGCAUCCCGAGCUACUGCCGUGUGGUUAUUUAAUCGGCCACGUGAAAACUAUCUAUCUAGUGCUAUCGGGUUACUCUUGGCUGGCGGUGGACACCCUCAUACCGCGUUCCAUCGUUCAGCGGCUGAUCUCUCUCCUAACUGAGCAUCGCAGAGUGAUUCUGUGCGGCCCGAGCGGCACGGGAAAAAGUUACCUGGCCGGAAAGCUGGCACAUGCCCUGGUGGACGCCGACAAUGACACCAAAGACGCCACUGCCGUCGCCACCUUCAACGUCGACCACAAGUCCAGCAAAGAACUACGUCAAUAUCUCGCGCACAUUGCCGAGAGAUGCGAUUCGAACACUGCUGAUGAACUACCGAGAGUGAUCAUCCUGGAAAACUUGCAACAUGCUGCAUCUCUGGGCGAGCUCUUCAGUGGACUCUUGGGAACGAGGCAUUCAUCGUGUCCUGCCAUUAUUGGUACCAUGAGCCAGGCUACUUGCAGCACCACCAAUUUGCAAUUGCAUCAUAAUUUCAGGUGGGUGUUAUGCGCGAACCAUAUGGAGCCGGUGAAGGGAUUUCUGGGACGUUACCUGAGAAGGAAGUUACUGGAGCACGAGUUGCGAGAGUGCGCCGGGACGAGAAACGCGGAAAUGGCAGCGGUGGUCGAGUGGCUGCCGCGUGUGUGGCUGCAUCUCAACAAGUUCCUAGAGACUCACAGCAGCUCCGACGUCACUAUAGGUCCGCGACUUUUCCUGUCGUGUCCGAUGGAAGUGGCCGGCUCUCAGGUGUGGUUCACCGAUCUGUGGAACUAUUCAGUGAUACCAUAUCUGGUGGAGGCCGUCAGGGAAGGUUUAACGCUCUAUGGAAGACGCGUGAGCGGAAAUGGAAACGGCGAGCCCACGUGGGAGGAUCCAGCACAGUUCAUCACAUCCAGCUAUCCUUGGCUGUCAACGCAUGCCGUGCACGGUGGCAGUGACGCUCUUCUGCGUUUACGACCCGAAGACGUGGGUUACGACGUUGUUUCCAGCGGACACACCUCCGGCGUAGGUGCCUCUAGCGUAAAGAGCCUCGGAAGUACUCACAGCGAUACCGAAGGAGAUCCUCUGCUCAACAUGUUGAUGAGGCUGCAGGAAGCAGCGAAUUAUUCGAGUCCACAUAGCAACGACAGCGAUUCGGUAACGUCUCUGGACUCGUCGCAUACUCGCCAUUCAGAAGAUCUAAGCAGCUCAACAUCCUCGUCGAGAGGAGUAGAAUCGGCACUCUAGAUCAGAGUGAUAUGAAAACAAACUCAUUGCCGAAAGAUCGACACACGUCUACCGUUCACAGAUUAAACACAACUGCGAAAUAUAAAGAUCGAUAUAACUCAUGCAAUUACGUAAUCAUUCCGAUCGCCGAAUGCAGAGCAAGUGAAUUAGUUUUAACAACAAUCACACCUUUGAAAUUAUUACGGAACAUAUAUACUUACUGGAAGACUGAAUUGUCUCUAAGGUUGAAAGUCGACAGGAAGAAAAUUCAAGAGAUAUUAUUAUAUGUAUUUUCAGGUGACGCAAGCGCUCAGUGAAAUAUUGAUCAUUACGAUAAACAUGAAAUUGCACAUUUGAAAGGUCUCUGAAAUGCAAGAUUGAACAAAGUCACGAAGCACCAACUAUUUUAAGAUCGCACGAUACCAGUAAGAGCUUCGUAACGACCCAAGGGGGAUUUAAGAUGCCUACUAAAGCUGGCCUAUAUCUAUAGAUUUGUAUGUGCGUCCAGCAUUUAGGUGUGAUACGUACAAUUGAAUGAACGAAUGAUGACGACAAAUAAGCUAUGACUCUUCGCUCCUCAAAAAAAAGGAAUCGAGAGAAAUUGAACAGAAGAUUCUUACGAGAUUAGAAGUUUUAUAUCCUCAGGAUUGAUAAAAUUAAUUCGAAAUUUAUUCGAAUAAAAUGAAAUAUAAAACUUAAUUUUAUAAAAUUAAAUUCAAAGUUGAAAAAUGAAACUGAGAUCAUUUUUAACUUGCCCUCAAUUUUUCCAUUAAAUGGAUCGAACUAAUAAUUUUAUUUAAAAAAUAUUAACUCGUCUCUUAGCAAAAACUGUAAAUUCUAAAUAAAUUUCCUUACAACGCUGACUUAAUUGCAAGCCAUUUUAUGACAAAUUCGAUAAAUGUCUGAAAGAUAUUGUAAAUAUCUUAAAGAUGUUAACAACUCUCUCGAUUUCGCGGAGCAACUGUUUGUUGAUAAAUUUCUCUUGGUUCGGCUAAUUUGCGGGAUGCACGCGUGAAUGCGAUACAAUAAUCUCUGCGCUACAGUUUUCGGGAUUCUAUUUUGAUGAGAUGCAUUUUUUAUUCACGAUGAGACGGUGCGCGAGCGCAGUAAAUCAGAUAGCAAUCGGCUCGUCGAUCGAUCUCGUCGUUUGGUAUAUACAGUAUUAAUGGCAGGGCGCAAAGAGAGGGCGGCUUCGAACCGGAGAAUCCUCAGGAGAUUUCUCCCUUGUCCGACUAUUUUUCAGGUAAAAAUUAUAUCUAAACGCAGACACACAUAAAUAUACGAGGAUCUCAAAGACGAGUAAGCGAACAGACUCUCGCUUGUACAAGUAGACAAAGAAAAAGCGAGCGAGUUCGAAGCGAGCAAUCGUGGUCUGUGCAAAAAUAGUCUAUUUAUACAUACUUUGCUACGAAAGCUCUAUAUUUAAUUAAAGAAUGUUAAUAUAAUAUAUAUAUAAAUAGUAUAUGUGUGUAUAUACAAGUAUAUAUGUAUAUAUAUACACACACAUACCUGAACGAGACGAUGGCGCUAAAUAUUAUAUAUAUAUAUAUAUAUAUAAAUAUAUACAUAUUAUACAAAUGGAAUUUCUAACUAGCACGUAAGAUACGUGAAUAAUUCUGGUCAUGUUUAACGUUGUAAAUACGAGAGACACAAAAGCGAGAUAGGCUACGCUAGAUGCGCGAAUUCACUUUGAAGUCCCGCAUGCAUGGGCCCCGAUGUUAUCUUCUGCAACAAUUUUUACCCACGUUUUCUUACAUUUUCUACACUUCGAGUCAAGCAUCGGCCCGUCUUUAUAUCUCGUAUAAUUACAUAUAAUUACGUGUAAAACCGUUAUACAUUCUAUUUCAUAUGUUUUUCAAUAAAUAUUCAAUAAAUUAAAAAAAAACAAUUAGAAUUAAGCAAUUUCGUAAAAUAAUUUUUAUUACAUUUUACCAAUUUAAUGACAAUGGUUAUUAGUUUGAACGUAAUAUAACGAAUAUUUAUUCCUUGUUGGAAAACAAUGGCGAAAUUUCUUUAAUAUUAGCAUACAUUUAAGGACAAUGAAUUUAUCGCAUUAGAUAAAAUUUAAUUUUUUUUAAAUUAAGAUUUGUAUUCCUUAAUAAAAAAAUGUGAAGAAUGAAAACGUGUAUCAGAGGCUAAAACUGAAAGAUUACGAGCGCAGGGGAUAACGCGGGACCCACGAAGACUAUACAUAUUGUACAUGAUCGGUGGCACGUGCCACCUGGUCACGACAACGGGUGGCACGUCAACGUAUAAUACACACACGAUAAUACAGUCGCAUUUACAGGUUUUUUUACGUUUGUACCGUAUUUAUAUACGCUGUACACGGCGUCGCACACCGAAUUCUACCCAAAUAACGAUAAUUAACUGUGUCAUCAAAUAAAUCGCAUUCAAAUCU